AUGACCGCCAACAUCCCAAACCGCGGCCCUGAACUCCUCGGAGUUAACUGGUUUUUUGCCAUAUCGGCCUUGUUGGCAGUGUUGAUGAGAUGCUAUGUUCGCAUCGGCAUUGUUAAGAAGUUUGGCCUCGACGACUGGAUGAUGGCAGCUGCUACGAUAUCCUUUGAACUAUACUGCUCCUUCUCCAAUGCCGGUGUGUACACCGGCGGCACCGGUCGCCAUCAUGCUGAUCUCAACGACGGCCAAAUAUUGAGGGCGAUGAGGUUUUGGUGGCUCUGUUACUUGUCCUACGCGAUGACGAUGAUCCUAGCCAAGGUAUCAAUCGCCGUUUUCCUCCUUCGAAUUGUCGUGAAGAGAACCCACGUUUGGACCAUCUACGUCGCCAUGACCCUCACCGUUCUUGCUGGCGUCAUCUUCUUCUUCGUCACUCUCUUCCAAUGUCACCCCAUCUCGUACUUCUGGAACCGCGAUCAAGAUGGCAAGUGUCUCAAUACCGACAUUGUCAUCGCGCUCGCUUUCGUGUACAGCGUCUUUGCUGUCAUUUCCGAUUUCACGUUUGCGCUUCUUCCGAUCUUCCUUGUCUGGAGCUUGAAGAUGGAGCGAAGGGCUAAAUUGGCUUUGAUUCCUCUUCUGUGCAUGGGUUGCAUUGCAAGCUCUGGUGUCGUUGUGCGGUUCGCCUAUCUAAAGAAGCUUAAGAGCCCUGACUUCUUAUGGGACACGCUUGAUACAGCGAUCUGGAGCACCGUCGAGGAAGGGCUCGCAAUCACCGCCGGAUCACUAGCAACCCUUCGUCCUCUGCUCCGCAUCAUCGCCUACAGGUUUGGCUGGAGCACCCCAUCUUCGUACGCACAUCCACUCUCUGGACAGAACCCGGACAGAGGUCCAGCGUCUCGCCUGACAGCGGGGAGCCGCGGCGCAUCCGAACUUCUGGGUCUAUCACCCGUCCAGAAAAAAAGCAGCUACGGUUGGGAGAGGGAAGUGCCGCCGGGAUCCGACAUGACCGGCGAGGAUCAGUACGGUUGCGUCGUAUCAGUAAAGGCCGAGAGAAAUGCGGCUCCGACGGAUCCUAAUAACAUUGUCGUGCAUCACAGCCAGACGGUGCACCGCACGUUUUAUGCUAGCGAAAGUGAGGAGCGGUUGGCUCAAACGGAGGAUGGAAAUUCGAGAUGA